AUGGAUGAGACCUCAACGACGGAGUCUAUGCCCGUCGUUACACUUCGAAAGUCCUCAAGCUUGCCUGCGUACGACUUGACUCUGUGUCAAGAUGACGCCGUGAUUAACAACGACAGCGACACCAAUAGCGUGCACGUGGCUGCUGUCGCCGAGGAGGACGCAGAGGAAGACGUUGUAUCACUCUCUUCGGCCUCUGAGCUCAGUUUACGCGGUACUACUAACGGGGUAAACGCGGCCUCUGCCCCCAGUGUCCCGACGCCUUUAGAAGCCGCCCUGUCGUCAUCCCCAUUGUCUACCGCAUCAUCCGCUCCCGUGGCCAAUGACGCAUCAGACGUUACAACAGAACAACAGGACGCCACAUCAGACGAUGAUAUUGUGCCGCAGUUGCCUCCAAAUUCUGGCAGUUCUCGCACUAUCCCGACACUGGAGAGAUCCCAUACUUCCGGUGAACUCAUUGGUCUUCGCUCAAGAGAGAAACAACCAUCUGAGUAUGCGUACUCAAGUCCUUCGUCUGGUUCUGCACCUUCUUUUGAGAUUGAGAGUGUACGGCUGCCCACAAGUGGAGUCACUGAAGCUGAGAUUGACAAGACGACACAUACCGAGUUUUCAGUUGAAGUGAAGCUACAGGGAGGACUGCAAUGGCUCAUUUGUAAGCGAUACUCGGAUUUUCGAGAGCUUCAUGAGAGACUGAAAAAGACCAAUUCUUCUGUGAAACAACUCUACUUUCCUAAACGUCAUGUUUUUCGCAACCGCCAUCAAAGUGUUGUGGAGCAACGACGAAGUGAAUUGGAAAAAUACAUUAAUGAGGUACUGGAUAUCCGGCCGUUAAUUCGAGUGCCGCUGUUUAAUUUUUUGGAAGUGUAUGCGCACAUGGAGUCGUACGAACGCAAGUUACAGCGUCAUAAGAAGGAACUUGAAUCAGAGAGAAUGAAGAACAUGCUGCCUACAGAAACGCUUGAAGACUUUUCGACGGCUUUCAAGCGAUUUUGCUCUUCCAAAUAUUUAUACCAUGGAAGUACGUCUGGUGGACAGAAGACAGAGGCUGAAAGCUUGUGCAAUGCUACGGGUAGUGCGGCACCGAAUUUGUCAGGGUCUCCGAGUGUGCGACCACCAACGUCGCCGGUCACGGAUGCCUUGUCGACAACCUCGAUUAUCGCCGGGGAGCCUUCAAAGGGAAGCACAACAGAUGAGUGCGGAAACCGCCAUAGUGUCAUUAUGCAUACGGCUGGAUCGCAGAUUUGUAUCAGCCGCGCUUCUUUUCGGAGAGAUAUUCUUGGUGUUUUUCCUGACAUGCCUUCAAGCUUUGCGAUGCGUUUUAUGAAAGCCGUAUCGGAUCGGCAAGGCUCUGACAUCAACAUGGACGAGUUCUUGCGAGCAGUAGCAAUCUUGCGAUGUGGUACGAUAGAGGACCAGCUCCAAUUCAUCUUUAACAUGUGCGAUCUGGACCACGCAGGCAAAGUGCAAAGUACUGGGCUUAGUAAUUUUUUGGUGUCACUGCAUGGGCGGCAUGUGCUAGAUGAACCGGAGUUCCGUCGUCUUUAUAACGAAGGUUUCGACCAGGGCCGUGUGCGCAUGAACUGCGAUCAUUUUAUCAAGAUUGUUUUAGAACUGAAAGUGUACCAUACUCUCGUAGACUGGAUGGCGCCUUUUGUCGAUAUCCUGUGCGAGACGGCCGACCCUCAGCUGCUGGAGUCGCAGGAAGAAUUCAACCCCGCAGUACAGCAGAAAAUACUCGCGAAUGAGACCCACUUUAAUGCCAAGGAGGUAGCUGUUCUCCAGGAUGCUUUUAGUAACUACCGUGCCUCGGGAGGCGGUGAUACGGUGGAUGUGGAUGCGCUUACCAGCGAUUUCCCGCUGGAGAUGUCUGAUGAGCGGUUUUGCCGCGUUUUCUCUUGUUUUGGCUCGCGCGCAAACGGUUCUGACAUUGAUGUGUUCAGCUUCGUUAGUGCAUUGUCAACAGCUUGCCGAGGUAGCACCGAGGAAAAGGCUGGGUUUGCAUUUAAGCUAUUUGCGAGUGUUGCUGAUGGCUCGUACAUGACCCGUGAAGACAUCUAUAGUAUGCUUCGGCUGGACAUUACCCAGAACCCAGACCUGGAAAGCCAAAUUACAACGCUUAUUGAAAAGAAGCAUUCAUCGCUGAAUGUUACGAAGAGCUCGUCAUCAUCAUCAUUGAUCGAAAGCAUGGGUCCGCGAACCCCGUCAGUAUCAGGAUCCGAACUCGGCAUUUUCGUAAAUGGCAUCAUGAAGGGCUUUGGACAUAGAAGAAGCAUAUUGGAUGUUGGUCCAUCGUCAACACACGCUGAGGCCCUAACACUUACAUUAAAUGAGUUCAUGGCAUGGGCGAUUAAGCAAAAGUACGAGAUGGCGACAUUGCGAAUAAUGCGCGAGGUAGCGUUCAUCGAUCUAGGUUUGGUUCCGGCCACUAAGGAGGAAGAACUGCUGAUCGCGACAGGGUGCUAUACCCCUUACGAUCCCACCACAUUGGUAGAGGACGAGCGGUGGUAUCUGAUUGAGCGCAAGUGGUAUAUACACUGGUGCAGGUACAUCAAGAUUCAUGUGAAGGAGUCUCUGUCGCUUUCAGCCCCAGUUGUGAAUCCUACCGUAACUUCUACUCCUAGUACGUCAAAGGUGCAGGCUAGCGGUAGUAGUACCGCUAAGAAAGACAACUACAUGAAAAACCUCAAGGGAGAGAUCACACGCCCAAAGUCUAUAAACAACUACCCGCUGCUUACGAAUGAUCGCCGCGACCGGAUGCUGAAGCCGUCCGAUGACAUUAAGCUGGGCCGUCACUACGUCAUCAUAUGUGAGCAACUGUGGAUGGCACUGAAGUUAUGGUACGGUGGUGGUCCAGAGAUUCAGCGGCAGGUGGUAGCUGGAGCCAAUGGUGUUCCAAUGCUGGAUAUUUGGGAUGCUGCCUCGAAUAAAAAAAUGACUAGGAAGAAGUCAAAGACGGACGAGCACGAUAACGAAGAGGAUGAGCAUGCUGAUGUAGAAGAAGACUCAUCUUUAGUGCCACUGGAAGGUGAAACUCGCCGGAAGCAAGAAUUUGCUAUCCCUCGCCGGAUGCGUUCAGGUGGCUCAGUUGGGCUAACGAAUCUCGGCAAUACGUGUUAUAUGAACUCAGCCCUACAGUGCCUUACAAACACAAAGCUGUUGGCUGAAUACUUCGUGUCAGGCAUGUACUUGGAGGAUAUCAACCGUACCAGUACGCUAGGACUGCAAGGAAAGCUGGCUGAAGUGUACGGCAAGCUAGCUGAAGACAUGUGGUGUGUGAAACAGAAAUCAAUAUCUCCGAGAAAUUUUAAGAAGUCCAUCGGCAAAUUUAACGAGGUAUUUCGUGGCAAUGAUCAGCAAGACGCACAGGAACUACUCGCAUUUUUACUGAGUGGGCUGAGUGAGGAUCUGAACCGUAUUCAGGACAAACCUUUUAUCGAGCAGCCAGACAGCGAUGGCCGCUAUGACGCAGACCUUGCCGAUGAAUGGUGGCGGAAUCAUCUCCGGCGUGAAGUAUCGAUUAUUGUUGCCUUGUUCACGGGACAAUACAAGUCGCUGCUUACAUGCAGUGUAUGCGGCUUCAAAUCGGCGCGAUUUGAGCCUUUUACUUUCCUGCAGGUACCGCUGCCCGAACCCAAACAUAAUACGGUAAUGGUGCAGCUGAUGCUUGCCAACGGAAUAACUCCAAUGAAGGUGUCAGUACGAUUGAGUGUUUCAGCGACAAUUUUUGACCUGAAGCACGAGCUGAUGAAAAUGUGCCACAAUGAUUUUAAUUUGCCCGACGUUUCCGAGAGUGACAUCAAAUUGUGCGAGUUUAGUGGAUCGAUGAUAUCAAGCUUUAAGGCUGACAAUCGCCGAGUGGGCCAAAUCCGCAGUAUCGAUCGGCUUAUUGCGUUCCAAUUGGAACCGCUCGAUACGGAAAUAGUGGAGGCUACGCGGCAUCGUCGUCCAUCAUACGUUCAAGCAAAUGGAGCAGGCGAAGCACGACAAGAUGAUUUUGAUCACCCGUCUUUUUGUGAGACGCUGGCUAAGGGUAUGUUGGUUGAUGUGCGCAUGCGAACGCAAUCACAGGAGUACGUUCCGGCAGUCGUUGUGGAGCCACCAACAGUACAUGCCAACUACGACGACCAAUUCCUUGUGCUCGUCCGCCUUCGUCGUACAGAGGAUGAUCUAAAGGUUCCGCUCAACAGAUUGCGAUCUCGUCAAGCACGAUUGCUGUACAUUCCUUUGCUUUCGCGCAAGCUGAGUUACUCGGCUGUGUACUUCAAGAACCCAUUUAGGCCUGUUCCCUUUGGCUCACCAAAUCUUGUGCGGCUCUGCCCUGAGCUUACUAGUGGCCUCCGUUUGUAUGAACUGGUGUGGGAACGUGUGAAGCAGUAUGUGGGCCCGAAUGCAACGCCUCCGACUGAAUGGGUCGGUGAAGACGCUCAAAAUGCUGACCGCCUCGUUGCUAAUCACAUUGAUAGCGUUUUUGCAGGCCUUGACAAUGCAUCUGUAUGCUUUAGCUCAAAAUGUGGAUUCUUGCUGCGCCGCGUUGAAAAUAAGGGACUGACAGAUUCGCGGUCAUCAUGGCUGACGCGGAGCUUUGGUCUCACGAUUCCGUGCACAUCGGACCCUCUUGAUAUUUUGGAAGACGAAGCCAUUGCGAUUGAUUGGGAUCUAAGUGUGUUCCAGGAUCGCGAGAUGAUCGACAAGAUGAAGCACAUUGAGAAUCAUGACAGCAUCGCACGAAACGAAGCAAUUGACAAGGGCCCUGUUCCACUAAAGCAUUGCUUGGAUGCGUUCACAAGUGAGGAAAAGAUUAGCGAGGGCUACUGCUCCAGCUGCAGACGACACCAGGAAAUGACAAAGAAGCUUGAAAUUUGGCGUCUACCACCAGUGAUGGUGGUGCAUCUAAAGCGUUUCCAGUACACGCAGACAUAUCGCCGGAAGCUAGGAUCGCUUGUGGAGUUCCCUAUUCACGACUUAGAUCUUUCGACCUGCGUGGCUCCGCAUAUUGAGAUUCCGGAGAAGUAUCCAAUGAAAAGGCCGAAAGGCAAAUCGAGUGUAAUAUCAGCUCCUGUACGAAAGCUCAUGAAACUCAAGUCUCGUGCUGGGAGCGCUAUCAGCAAUGAACCUGCCCCGCCUGAUUCUCAGAUAUCUGCACCUGGCAGCGCGAUAAAUGACGCUGCUAGCUCAGAUACCAAUGAGGCUGACGUUUUGCCGGCAGUGGAAACGGAGGAAAACGCAGCAGGAGAAAAACCUGAGGAUGGCGUACUGCCAGCUGAAUCAGCUGAAUCAGCUGAAGGUGCUACUGUCGAUGACGGAGAAGUAACAUCAACCGACGCGAAAGUAGGCACCAAUGCAACUGGCAUCGCGUCAUCAAUAACUGAUAGCCAGCGUGGAGCUGCAGUUCAAGCAGCAGCGAUACGCAAUCGUGCGCGCCGUGGAUACACGAACUCAAACUUAGAUCAGUCGCGCUGUCUCGAAACCAUGUAUAAUCUAUACGGUGUCGUAAAUCACCAGGGCGCUCUUGGUGGAGGCCACUACACGGCGUACGCGAAAAACUUUGUCGACGACCAGUGGUACUAUUACGAUGACGAACGUGUUCGUGUUGUAGAAGAGCAGCAGGUGGUCAGUCCAUCAGCCUAUUUGCUCUUUUAUCUUCGUUCUGACAUGGAAGACGUACUUGCAAAGGACCUGUUCCCAAAGAAUAUGACGCCAGGCAAGAUCACGGAUGAAGACAUCGAACGGUUUGUCGAGGACGGUGAUGAGCGCCGCUGCAGCAUCAUGUAA